AUGUUCUUUUCACACUUAUCGAUAAGUCAACGGUUAGGAGAGGUUUCUAUUCAAAAGAAACAGAGACAAUUGCAAAAAAUUAUGACUGAAGAUUUUUUUGGUGUGUAUUGUUUAAUAUCACAAAGUCCUUUAAAAGAAUAUCAAGGCAAAUGUUAUAUUGGUUUCACAGUGGAUCCUAAUAGAAGGAUACGUCAACACAACAGAGAAUUGCUUGGUGGAGCUAAAAAAACCAAAAAAAAUGGACCUCAUGACAUGGUAUGUAUUGUUGAAGGGUUUCCUAAUAAAAUAUUAGCUUUACGCUUUGAAUGGGCAUGGCAAAAUCCAAGUUUAAGUAGGAGAAUUAAGCAUUUAAAUUUAAAGAAAAAUUCUAAAGAGUCACAUUUUAAUUUUAAGAUACGUGUGUGUUGUACACUACUAAAUACAGCACCAUGGAAAAGGCUUGCAUUGUCUUUUCGAUGGCUCAAACCCGAAUACUAUAUUGAAUUUUCUGAUCCACAACCACCUAGACAUAUGCAUAUUUAUAAUGGACUUGUUAUUAAUAAUAAAAUUAUUAUACCUCAAGAUCCAUCUUUAUAUAUGCCUAUUCCUAAUUGUUACAUUUGUGGAUUACAUAUUAAUGCAGCAGAAACAUUAGUUCGAUGUAUCUCAAAAGAAGUUAAGUGUAAAGUUUGUUAUCAUAAAGUUUGUCUAGCAAAUUCAAUAUUGGAUGGUGAAUGUAAUCAUUUGAUACCAUUGAAAGGUAAAUGUUUAUCAUGCAAAAGUAAUUUUUUAUGGGGAGAUUUAAUAAGAGAUAGUGAAACAUUAGUAAAUAUGGAGGGCCUUAAACCUUCAAUGGAUGAUGGUAGCAAAAAAAUAUUAGAAGGAAAUUUUGAACGUAUUCAAUAA